GAGAAGAAUAUGCUUUUUUCCGCUUCAGCGUUCAAUAGGAAGAUGAACAGGGCUUUCUAAUUCUUCUAUCUCUCUCUCGCCGGUGACCGAUCAAUGAAUUGAUUAUACGGAUGCAGCUAUUGCAAAGGUGAGCUCUUUACCCAUCUCUGUUCUUGCGAUCGAUCUUUCUUGCUCCAAGUUAUUUACUGGACUUUUACUAUCUUGCGGUUCUGGCCACAACUAUAUAUCUAGUAAAUGGAAACCUGCUUUUGAUUCUAAAUGGGUAAGAGAUUCUUUUCUAUUUCUCGCGUUUUCAAUGUCAGCGCUUAAAUAAUUGAAGGAAAUUUGGGGAUUUUCUGAUGGAAAAUUGGGGUUUUGGAGACCUUGAAUCUCCUAUUCAAAGGAAUCAUCAACUGGUCCAUGAGCCUCAUAAUCACCACCAUCAUAUGCAUCUUUCAAUGAACAUGAUGACAGGAAUUGAGAGCGAGCUCCACCCAAUUGGGCAUACAGGACAAAAGCUUUCAAAUUUGAGUUCUAGCAAAGUAGGUUGCAGUGGUAAUUAUAACAUCAAGAACGACAAUUUGAGCGAAGGUGAUGAUGAUCUGUGUUUCAAUGAUGAUUGUGCUGGGAUUUUGAUGAAGGGUAAGAAGGGGAUGGCGUCGUCACCUUGGCAAAGAAUGAAGUGGACGGACAAUAUGGUUAAGCUUUUGAUAGCUGUUGUUGCUUCUGUUGGGGAAGAUGGCACGCCCGAAGGCCUGGAGGGGAUGAAGAGAAAGUCUACUGCCUUACAAAAGAAAGGGAAAUGGAAAACAGCCUCUAAGAUAAUGAUAAGCAAAGGUUGUUAUGUUUCACCUCAGCAGUGCGAGGAUAAAUUUAAUGAUUUGAACAAGAGGUACAAAAAGUUAAACGACAUUCUUGGGAGGGUAAAUUCCUGCAGAGUGGUAGAAGACCCUUCUAUCAUGGACUCUAUGAUGAUGCCUCAGUUAUCUGCUAAAACGAAGGAGGAGGUAAAGAAAAUAUUGGGAUCAAAGCAUUUGUUUUAUAAGGAAAUGUGUGCUUAUCAUAGUGGACAAAGGAUACCCAAUUGUGAAGAUAUAGAUUUACAUAUUGUUCAUCCUCCAGUCUCUAGAAAGUGUUCAAAGGACAGUACUACUUAUGGUUCGGCUGGGGAAGAUGCUCAUGAAGAUGACGGAGACAGUGAAAGUGAAGAUGAUCAUAACUCGGACGAUGAAGAUGGCAAUGAUAGGCUGUUAGAGGAGUUUGCGCAGAAACAGUACAUUAAUAAUAAAGGGGAUAGAAGUUGUGGUUUUGAUGAAGAAAUGUCUGAGAAAUUUCGAGACCCUUCAAUUUCACAGUGGGAUAGAAGCCAGUGGAUUAAGAAAAAGAUUUUUCAGCUUGAAGAGGAGAACAUUAAUAUUCAAGUAGAAGGUUUGGAAAUAAAGAAACGGUUUUUCAAGUGGUGCAGGUUUCGCAGCAAAAAAGAGAGGGAGUUGGAGAGACAGAGGCUUGAGAAUGAGAGGAUGAUGUUGGAGAAUGAUCGGAUGGAGUUACAGUUGAAGGAUAAGGAUUUAGAGAUGAAAUGUAAGCCGACAUAUGAAGCAGUACUACCAUUUGCACCAAUGUUUUGCAAUAAUAUGGAUAGUAUGCCCAAAUGAUCCAACUAUAUAUAUAUUUGAUAUAACCAUGCAUCCAUACUUUCUGCUACUGAGAUCUUGUGCUGAAUGUUUCAUUAACAGUGUCAAUUAACAUAUAUAACUUUUCAGAAACAGUUUGUUUAAAACUUUAUACACCAAAUUGGUCAUUGUCAUU